UCGUGUUGCCAAAAAUAUUCUGAAUAUUCCAAAUAAUUAUUUUUAUUUUUCGAAUUCUUUAUUUACGUUACAAUCUUCUUGUUUGUUUUGAAUACAUCUGAAUCUGUCCUAUACUAUCGAGAACAUACCUCCCUACAAAUUUAACCAGAUAAACAAAUCGAAAUCAGAACGCCGUACCGUCACGCGAGCUGUUGGAUUCAGCGAAUAUGAUCUGCCAAAUAUUGGAAUCCUGAGUGGGAAAUAAGAGCAUUCGAACUUGACAGAUUGGACCUUAAUAUGGAAAGGAUUCACCGAACGUAGGAAUUGAGAAAGAAAACAAUAAACGAAGUGCAAAGAGAGACCAAAAGGUGUGGUUGCCUCUAAUGCGAAAAAGAUGACCGGCAAAAUGAAAAACGAGUUAAUGACGCGGUUUUGCGGUUGGAUCACGGCUGAGCGACGCUUCUAUUGUUCUGAACAAACGCAAAGGUAGUGACCGGCGAAAAAUCCACCAGCAUUUGAAUUUCCAUUUGUUUGCCAACCAGAAGUCGACGAAGUGAUUCAAUGACUAUGAAGGUCUUCUGGGUUGACGUUUUUGGAAAUUUUCAAGUUCAGUUGUUGUUCUAGAGUUCAUUAUUGCCAAAAUCAUGCAAACUAUUAAUCUAUUUGCAAAAAAUGGUGAAUAGAAUUUUGAGUUUGCCAAAAGUAGUUCAUCGUUCCUACUUGAACGACGUGUCAUCGGCAGUUCGGUAGAGUAAAAAAAACAACGAAGAAAUAAAUCAACUCCAUCAAUGAGAAUGAAGGCUGUGGCGGUGUUUUACUAUUUUACUUUGUUAAUAGUUUUAGUUGUGGCUCAAAAUCGCAACAGAUCAGUUAGAAGACGAGCUGAAAAUGUCAGUCAAGGAUCCGAGGAACAAGGAAGAACUUUGGGACUUUUAAGACCUUUGUUAAAUGUGGGUUCUUUGGGUGGUUUCGGUCUUGGCUUUGAUCAGCCAAUUUCUCCUUACAGACCAUCCUAUGUGAGACCUCAAUCGUCACCGGUAAGACCACAAUCGGAUCCCUUCUAUGGUGGAGGUUAUGGAGGCAAUCCCUAUUACGGCUAUGGUGGUUAUGGUUAUAGACCCAGUUAUGGUGGAUUCAUACCACAAUAUGCUGGAUACCCUUCAUAUGGAUAUGGUUACAGGCCGGCUGUAUAUCCAGGUGCAGGAAACUAUGGUGGCGGCUAUCCAUCUUAUAACCCACAACGUCCUGGAGUAUCGCCUUCUCGCCCAGUUCCCGCAGUGGGUGGCAAUGUUGGUGCGGCUGGUGGUACACCAUCUCUUGCGGGCAUAGAUCCGGCUCAGGCUGCACAGAUUGCCAAUUUAUUGGGACAACUUUUGGGUUCUCAACUUAGGCCACUGCUUGGUGCAGGUGCAGCCGGUAGACCUGGUGAUGCCCCAAGUUCAUUGGUAAAGAAAUGAAAAAGAUCGAUAAUUCAGAAUUAGUUGUUAAUUAAUGAAAAGUAUUAUUUUUUCAAAUGCAUAGAUUUAAGUUUACUUUUGAAAUUAAUCCGUUCUUGCCAAUAAAAUCCGGAAACUAAUUAUAAUUGAA